UUAAUAAUCGAUAAAAGCUAAAAUUCAGUUGUAAAAACAAUGUAGGUCUGCCAAUGUAGGCUUUUACUGUGACACGCCACAAGACCCCGCCUUCAUUUCUGCGUGUUUCCAUUAGGUCCUGUAGGCAGCUGUAAAGUCCUGUUCACAGCCCCUCUUCUCUCACACUUGUUGUUCAUCAGACUGAAAUCAUGUCAGGAAGAGGCAAAGGCGGUAAAGGACUCGGCAAAGGAGGCGCGAAGCGUCAUCGAAAGGUAUUGCGUGAUAACAUCCAGGGAAUCACCAAACCCGCCAUUCGGCGUCUCGCUCGCCGUGGUGGUGUCAAGCGUAUCUCCGGUUUGAUCUACGAGGAGACUCGCGGUGUGCUGAAGGUGUUUUUGGAGAACGUUAUUCGUGACGCCGUCACCUACACUGAGCACGCCAAGAGAAAGACCGUCACCGCCAUGGAUGUCGUCUAUGCUCUGAAGCGUCAGGGUCGCACUCUGUACGGUUUCGGAGGUUAAACGCUUGAAUUUCUGAUCAAACCCAAACGGCUCUUUUAAGAGCCACC